AUGACGUGUAAAUCGGCAUACAGAACGGGAUCGAAAAAUGCUGAGGUACUGAAAUGGUCUGCAAUCAUAACCGGAACACUUGCUGAAAUUAAGGAUAUAAGCGAUUUUGAGCGAGUGGCUUAUGUACGGGACUUUAAGAAAUUCCUUGAAGAGGCAUUGACUAUUAAACCGGACUCAUCAGUCUAUCAUAUGAACGGACGAUUUUGUUAUCGCAUGGCAACAUUAUCGGAGGAAGAAAAGAAAAAUGUAAUGAUUGCAUUUGAAGAACUACCAACGUGUACCAUUGAUGAUGCACUUCACAAUUUUCAUAAAGCUGAGGAAAUGAAUUCGGGACAUAUUGACAACCUUAUGUACCUUGGCAAAUGUUACAUUGCCAAAGGUGAUGAAUCGAAAGCGCAAAAGUAUUUGUUGCCUGUACUUGAAAUAACGCCCACUGAUGAGAUGGAUGAAGCAUUGAUUGCUGAAGCACGGGAACUUUUGGCUGGUAUCAAGGAAUAUGUUCAGAGUCAAAAUGAAGAAAAUGGGAAGGAAAGCUCAGACCAGACGGAUAUGGAAGAAACAGAAGAUGGCAUUGAUUCGACCAGCGGCUAUUCCAAGAAUGCUACAGAUUGA